AUGUCUGUCCCAAAAGAUCCCUUGGGUAAAGCCCGCGAAGAGCUGGGUCAUGACAAUCAGAGUCCCCCGAAAGAUGCGCUCACCAAUGAAGUCAUCAGCGACGACGACAGCUCAAUCGAGGAUAUCGAUGGUGACUACGGCUCUUACGGGAACCAUAUUUUUUCCGAUCCUAAAGUCGCUGAACACUGGAGAAGUGUCUACGAGACCGCGACCUAUGAAGGCCGACAUCGAUUCGAUCCCACUUUUACUUGGUCGGCUUCUGAGGAGAAACGGUUGAAAAGAAAGGCAUUGGUCGACUUCCGCAUUAUGUCAUGGUGCUGGUUGAUGUUUCUUGCCCUGGAUCUCAAUCGAAGGAAUAUCAACAGAGCAAUCAGUGAUAACAUGCUCCCGGAGCUGGGGAUGAAUACCAACGAUUUCAAUUAUGGUCAAACCAUUUUCCUGACCUGCUUCUUGUCCGCCGAGCUUCCAUCUGGCCUGAUCUCCAAGAAGCUGGGCCCCGACAUUUGGAUUCCAUUCAUAAUUCUGGCGUGGUCAAUCAUAUCAGCAGCCCAGGCGGGUCUUGCCAAUAAAACUGGUUACUAUGUCUGCCGUGCAUUGCUUGGACUUCUCAUGGGAGGAUUUAUCCCUGACACUGUUCUGUAUAUUACCUAUUGGUACAAGUCGAAAGAACUUCCUAUCCGCCUGAGUUGGUUCUGGACUGUCCUUAGCACUUGCAAUAUUCUUGGAUCGCUGCUAGCCGCUGGCAUUCUUCAGAUGAGAGGUAUUAGUGGCUGGAGUGGAUGGCAGUGGCUCUUCCUGCUAGAAGGCGUCGUGACAGCAGUCGUGGGAAUCGCUAGUUGGAUACUCAUGCCAGCUAGCCCGUGCCAAACUGCCAGUCGAUUCCGGGGCAAAAAGGGAUGGUUCACUGCGCACGAAGAGAAAAUCCUCGUGAAUCGUUUGCUCAGGGACGACCCGUCAAAAGGAGAUAUGCACAACAGACAAGCAGUUGGACCUAAGCGGCUAUGGAAAUGCUUGAAAGACUACGACCUGUGGCCGCUGUACUUGAUCGGACUGACCAACUAUAUCCCACCGAGUCCACCUUCGAACUACCUUGCAUUCAUUCUUCGACAAAUGGGAUUCAGCAGUUUCAACGCAAAUCUACUCACCAUUCCCUCACAAUUCAUGUUCGGGGUGAAUCUGCUGAUCAUCUCACGAAUCAGUGAAUGGGUCAACGAGCGAUCCAUAGUGUCAUCGACAUCCAAUAUCUGGAUCUUUCCUUGGCUUGUUGCGCUAGUGGCCCUAGGCGCAAAGGCAAGCAACUGGGUCCGGUAUGCUCUACUCACAGGCCUCCUCUCCUACCCGUACUGUCAUGCAAUUCUGGUGGCAUGGAACUCGCGCAACUCCAACGCUGUCCGAACGCGCGCGGUAUCCGCUGCUCUCUACAACAUGUUUGUCCAAGCGGGGAAUAUCGUGGGAUCCAACAUCUACCGGGACUCUGACCGACCACUCUAUCUACGUGGAAACAGGAUUCUACUUGGGAUCUGCACCUUUAAUAUCGUCAUGUUCUUCUUCGUCAAGUAUUACUAUGUCAUACGCAACAAGAGGCGAGAGGAGGCGUGGAGUAGGCUCACUGCAGACGAGAAGCACGACUACAUCCAUAACACCAAGGACGAGGGUACCAAGAGAUUGGAUUUUAGGUUUGUUCAUUGA